ACAAGGACAUUUGCCUAUGGUCAUAUUAUUACUCCAGUAUGGAGCCGACCCCACUCUCAUCGAUGGGGAGGGAUUCAGCAGCAUCCACCUGGCAGUAUUAUUUCAACACAUGCCUAUUAUAGCAUAUCUCAUCUCAAAAGGACAGAGUGUGAAUAUGACAGAUUUAAAUGGGCAGACACCUCUCAUGUUAUCAGCUCACAAAGUACUUGGGCCAGAACCAACUGGAUUUCUUUUAAAGUUUAAUCCUUCUCUCAGUGUGGUUGAUAAAAUACACCAAAACACUCCACUCCACUGGGCAGUUGCAGCGGGAAAUGUUAAUGCUGUAGAUAAACUUUUGGAAGCCGGCUCUAGCCUGGACAUCCGAAAUGUUAAGGGCGAAACACCUCUUGAUAUGGCUCUACAAAACAAAAAUAGGCUCAUUAUUCACAUGCUAAAAACAGAAGCCAAAAUGAGAGCUAACAAAAAGUUCAGACUCUGGAGGUGGCUGCAGAAAUGCGAGCUCUUCCUGCUGCUGAUGCUUUCUGUGAUUACCAUGUGGGCUGUUGGAUACAUACUGGACUUCAAUUCAGAUUCUUGGCUUUUAAAAGGAUGUCUUCUAAUAACAUUGUUUUUUCUGACAUCUUUGCUUCCAAGGUUCUUGGUCGGGUAUAAGAGUCUCAUCUACUUACCAACAGUCUUCCUGCUAAGUUCCAUUUUUUGGAUAUUUGUAACGUGGUUCAUCUUAUUCUUUCCUCAUCUAGCAGGCACCCCUUUCUAUUUUGCUUUCAUUCUCAGCCUAAUAGCCUUCCUCUACUUUUUCUACAAGACUUGGGCAACUGAUCCAGGCUUCACUAAAGCUUCUGAAGAAGAAAGGAAAACGAAUAUCAUCACCCUUGCAGAGACUGGCUGUCUGGACUUCAGAACAUUUUGUACCUCAUGCCUUAUAAGGAAGCCAUUAAGGUCACUUCAUUGCCACGUGUGUAACUCCUGUGUCGCUCGAUACGAUCAGCAUUGUCUGUGGACUGGACGGUGCAUAGGUUUCGGCAACCAUCAUUAUUACAUAUUCUUCUUAUUUUUCCUUUCCAUUGUUUGUGAUUGGAUUAUAUAUGAAUCUUUCAUCUAUUGGUCAAAUCAUUGUGCCACGACAUUCAGAGAAGAUGGACUGUGGACCUACCUCAAUCAGAUUGUGGCCUGUUCCCCUUGGGUUUUAUAUAUCUUCAUGCUAGCAACUUUCCACUUCUCGUGGUCAACAUUUUUAUUAUUAAAUCAGCUCUUUCAGAUUGCUUUCCUGGGCCUGACUUCCCACGAGAAAACCAGCCUGUUGAAGCAGAGCAGGCAUAUGAAACAGACAUUGUCCCUCAGGAGGACCCCAUACAACCUUGGGUUCACGCAGAACCUUGCAGAUUUCUUUCAGUGUGGCUGCUUUGGCUUGGUGAAGCCCUGUGCCGUAGAUUGGACGUCCCAAUACAGCAUGGUCUUCCACCCAGCUAAGGAGAAAGUCCUUCGCUCAGUAUGA